CUUUUCAACUUCAUAUUUCAUCUACUACAGUCUGAUUGCAAUUACUUUGCAAGUAUGGCCACACAAAUUCAUGAUAUCAAACAAAUAUCAUCCAACUCGAUGCAAUGGAAUCUCAAAGUUAGAGUGGUUCGAAUGUGGAUAAUGCCGGAUCGCUUUAACCCGCAAAUACCGUUUUCAAUUGAAUUGGUUUUACAGGAUUCUAAGGGUGAUCGUAUACAUGCUACAAUCGGAAAGUAUGUUCUUAAGUUUUUUAGGAACAAGAUACAUGAACUUCGCUUAUAUCGUAUGAACUACUUUGUAGUCGGACCAAAUAAGUUGAAGUUGAGGACUACGACACACAAGCUGAAGCUGACAUUUACUCAAAAGACAUUUGUCGAGGAAACAAAUGAUCCUUCAUUUCAUAUGAACAUCUUUAACUUGCGCCAUUUUCACCAACUAACAAAUGAACAUGAUGUCGAUGAGACAGAAUUACUCGAUGUGGUUGGUCAGGUUGUGACCUAUGAAGAUGUUAAGACCUACAAGCAGGGAGACGACCAAAAUUUCCUCAUUAAUGUUGUACUCGAAGAUGAUCAAUUACUUGCAGCACGUCAAUCAAACAUUGAGCGUAUCACUCGAACAAGUUCUCAACAAAGUUACUCUGUUAGAGAUGAGUUAGACAAAGGAAUUGUACUGUUUAAAACUAUUAGGGAUUUAGUUCAGUGCACGCAAGAAUCCAGCUAUUGGAUUGCGGCAAAAUUGGUUAAUUUCGAACUUGACUGGGGAUGGUCAUACUUGGCAUGCAACAAGUGUAGUCGAAAGGUGAAAAAAGUUGGAAAUAAAUACUUUUGUGCCAAAUGCAAUGAAGAAGAGUCUUCUGUUACAAUUAAAUAA